AUGGUGGUUGCUAGUGCCCACAACCAGUGCCUUGUGAAGGAUAUCCGUCUGAAGAUUGGUGAGGCAAUAAUGACACACAAGACCUGUGCACCUCUCCCUGCAGUCCCUCACGCCGAAAGGACUCCCUCUUCUGGUCCCUUGCCUGUAGGACACACCCUCAACUACAUAUCGUGCUCGAUGGGCUACUUUCCGUUCGGUUACCCUUACACUUCCUGUCAGGAUGAUGGGAAAUGGUCGGACAUCACCUUUAAAUGCAUUAAAGACCAAUGCUUUCAUAACGGUAACUACAGAGCAGAUCGUUGGUGCUACUACUUUGGGAAUAUCACAAUGAACUCUACUGCAGCUCAAGAUUUCUGUUCCGCCAGAAACAUGCAUUUGGUCCGUAUUGAGACACAGUUGGAAUGGCAAACCUUGCAGCCACUUCUUGUCGAUAGUUACUGGACGGCUGGUUACGCCACCGUCUUGAAUGAGACCAAUAACAUCACAGCCUUCUACUGGGGACCAGGGAAUGAUACAGAUGUAAUAACGUUCUUUUCCUGGGCGCCUGGACAGCCAGACGAUCCGUCAAUUGAGUCCGACAUUACAGUUAAUAGCACUGGCUGGUAUGACGAGAGGGAGGAUGUUGAGAUAUACGCACUGUGUGAAGAUGACGGGGGCAUAAGCUAGAAAUACACCCGCUUAUAUCAUUAAUGAUUUAUCAAAGGCACGCGGAUUUCUAAUAUAGGAAUUGUCAAUAUCAUUUACUAUAGUAAGUACACGGUGUGCCCCC